UUGAGUUUAAAAUUAUAAUAUAAUUUUGGGUCAGUAAAUAAUAAUUAUAUAGCAAGUUGUUUAAAUUUUAAAAUAAAAUAAAUACAAUGUGAUAAUACAUGUCACGUUUUGACUUAAUUUAAAUGGAUACAUAAAAUUGAUUAGUUAAACAAUGCAUUGUUGAUUGUGUUUCCGUAUUUAAAAGAUAAUUAAAAAAAUAAAAACACAAGUGUGAUAAACCAUAAACAACUGGGACAACUAGCAUGGGGCAACGUGUGAUAUAAUUUUGGAUUUAUAAGAACGUAAUUUUUUUCAUUUACUCGGUCAGUAAUUUAAUGUCGAUUCACGUUAGUUAUGCAUGUUAACAAUAAAUUGUCCAUUGAGAAAUAAAUAUGAUGGAUAUGGUGAUGAUUGGAUAUUUAUACCAGAUGGUAACAACAAACCACAAGUUGCUGUAUUAAAAGGUCAACCACCACCAGAAUUUAGAAGUCUCAUUGAUGAAUCUGUUACAUUUCAUCUUUUUACAAGAAAUCAAUCAGAAAAUGCAACUAUGUUGGUUACUGGUAAUCCAGAGUCAAUUAAAAAUUCAUCUUUUAAUCCAUCUUAUCCAACAAAAUUUAUUACACAUGGAUGGAAAUCAAGUGCGCUAUCAUCUGGUCCAACUAAUUUAAAAAAUGCUUUUUUAAAAAAAGGUAAUUAUAAUGUUAUUUUGGUUGAUUGGGAACCAUUAGCAUCAAGUACAUUUUAUCUAGGACCAAUGCAAAAUACUGGUAAUGUUGGAAAAGAAGCUGCAAAAUUUAUUGAUUAUCUUCUUGAACAAACAGGCCAGAGUCCUGAUAAAGUACAUUUUAUAGGACAUUCAUUGGGUGCUCAUGUAGCUGGUAAUGCAGCUUCAUCAGUUAAACGUGGAAAAAUUGGUCGAGUAACUGGGUUAGAUCCAGCGUUACCUGGUUUUCAUGUGCUUGAAUCAAAUGAUGGACGUUUAGAUGCUUCUGAUGCAAAAUUUGUUGAUGUUAUUCAUUCUUGUGGUGGUAUAUUGGGAUAUUUAAAUCCUCUUGGAACUGUUGAUUUUUAUCCAAAUGCUGGAGUUGCUGUGCAACCUGGUUGUUGUUGUGUUCCUGAAAUACUUGAGGCUUGCAGUCAUGGUCGAGCAUAUGUUUAUUACACAGAAAGUCUCACUUCUAAUGAAGGACUAUUAGCAAGACAAUGUGAAAGUUGGGAUAAAUUUGAAGCUGGUGAAUGUAAUAAUUCUUCAACAACAUAUUUAGGUGAAAAUGUUGAUCAAACAGCAAAAGGUACUUAUUGGCUGAAAACAAAUGCACAAUCACCAUUUGCUCCUCUUCAAACGAAUUUACUUAAUCAAACGAUGGGAAAGAUAAACAACACAUUAUAAUUACAUAAUUGAUUUCAAUAAAAAGUAAUAAUUUAA